AUGGUUUUAUCCAAAGAUGGGAUUAUCUAUACAUUUGGAGAGUGCGAUAGGGGACAGUUGGGCACCGGCAACACGCAGAACCUAUCAAUACCGGUGCCAAUAGAUAAUAGUUUUGGGAGAUUCAGUGAUUUCGCAUCCAAUCGGGCGACCAAUAUGUCAGCGGCGGUUACAAUGGAUGGCCGAUGCUAUGUAUGGGGUGAAUGCCAGCCCCCACUCGGAAACGUAUUAACCCCUAUGAAGAUGAGUUAUGAGUCACUGCACGACGUGUUUGCCGUUUACUCGACGCCUACCGUUACUCAUGAAAUGGUGGUAUUGAGUGAUGUGUCGGACAACCCAGUGAUGGCUCGUUUGGCUCAAGCCUUCGACGACCCCAACACCAGUAACUUCAGGAUCAUUGUCGAGGGAAAGCCUAUUCAUGUCCACAAAGACAUACUCCGCAUACAAUGUCUACACUUUAGGGCUAUGUUUGACAAUUGGCCGGAAGGUGUCAAAGAGGAACUGGAGUUGACUGAAUACUCGUAUGGCGUGUAUAAGGCAUUCCUGCGAUACCUAUACACGGGUGAGGUAUGUGUGGCACCGGAGGCUGGGAUCGAGUUAUUAGAUUUGGCCGAAUCUUACUGCGAGACUGACCUCAAGUCA